GUGAGAAUGGUGGUACGUGCACAGUGACUGGAACAUCUCCCUUUGAUUUCAUAUGUGAUUGUGUGCAUUGGAUCUCUGGAGAAACAUGCAACCAACCUGUACCAAUUAUUACCCCGAACGACUAUUACUUCACACAUACACCAAUAGACGUUACUGGCAAAGACUUUUUCACAUUUGAUGUACAAGCGUGCCAUGAUGGACAUGUCCAACUUUCAAAGACUGCAGGAAACCUUGAUGUUGACACCUAUGAGAUAUUGCUCCAAGGUUGGGAUUCUACCACAAAGACUUCGGCUAUAAGAGAUGAAAGGCAGGGGAGCCUGAAGGUUUCUCAUAAUGAACAAAUUGUUUUCUGUGAUGCCACAACUUCAUUUUGGAUUAGUUGGGCAGAUGGUUAUAUAGAGGUGGGCAAGGGCCAUGUGUAUGGUACAGACACAUUCCUGCAGUGGGAUGAUCCAUCUCCGCAUUCUGUGAACGCAGUACAGUUCACUACAGGAUUCGGAGUAACUGGAACGUGGACUGUUAUGUUAUGAGAUAAUAUUGGUUUUACAGAACAGUUCAAAAUUAUCUGGGGACUUCUGAAAAUGAUGUGAUACUGUACUUAAAAUGUUUUUAUGUUAGGCUGCUGUUGUUAUAAAUGGU